ACGGAUUUAUCUCCUUUUAACUGCAAAUCACUUCAAACAUCACUUCAACUGUAUAUAAGCUUGUUCUAAAUUCUACUACCUUACCUAGUAUUCUCAAACUUCUUCAUAAAUUUCAUUAAACUAAGCAAAGCCCAGAUUUUAUCUUCACUUUCUCUUUCCAAAGGAUCUGAAAAAGAAUGUCGGCAAAUGGAACUGACAACUCAACUUCUAAGAAGCCUCCAAGUCCUUCUCCUUUGAGAUUUUCCAAGUUUUUUCAGUCCAACAUGAGAAUUCUUGUUACUGGUGGAGCUGGAUUCAUUGGCUCCCAUUUAGUGGAUAAAUUGAUGGAGAAUGAAAAGAAUGAGGUUAUUGUCGUUGACAACUACUUUACCGGCACAAAGGACAAUCUCAAGAAAUGGAUUGGACAUCCGAGAUUCGAGCUUAUUCGUCACGAUGUCACCGAGCCGUUGCUCAUUGAGGUUGAUCAGAUAUACCAUCUUGCUUGCCCGGCUUCGCCAAUCUUUUACAAAUACAAUCCUGUUAAGACAAUAAAGACGAAUGUGAUCGGUACAUUGAACAUGUUGGGUCUGGCAAAGCGUGUCGGAGCAAGGAUUUUACUUACCUCAACUUCAGAGGUUUAUGGAGAUCCCUUGGAACAUCCUCAGACCGAGAGCUAUUGGGGAAAUGUUAACCCUAUCGGAGUUCGAAGCUGCUACGAUGAGGGAAAACGAGUGGCUGAAACUUUGAUGUUCGAUUACCAUAGGCAGCAUGGCAUAGAGAUUCGAAUUGCUCGGAUCUUCAACACUUAUGGACCACGCAUGAACAUUGAUGAUGGUCGUGUUGUUAGCAAUUUCAUAGCUCAAGCACUCCGCAAUGAGCCUUUGACUGUUCAAUUACCUGGAACACAGACAAGGAGUUUCUGUUAUGUUUCCGACAUGGUUGACGGCUUAAUCCGACUUAUGGAAGGAGAGAACACCGGACCAAUCAAUAUCGGGAAUCCAGGUGAAUUCACCAUGCUCGAGCUUGCAGAAUCCGUGAAGGAGCUUAUCAAUCCUGAGGUGAAGAUAUCGUUGGUGGAAAACACUCCCGAUGAUCCCCGACAAAGGAAGCCGGACAUAACCAAAGCAAAAGAGGUGCUCGGAUGGGAGCCAAAGGUGAAGUUGCGUGACGGGCUUCCGCUUAUGGAGGAGGAUUUCCGACAGAGGCUCGGGGUCCCAAAGAAGAACUGAUUGAAAGUUAUUUUACAGCAACAGAAGUUACAAAUAUAAAGUACUAUUGCUUCUUUUCCUUUCUAUAAUCAAAUUCCAAUAUGUUUAUCUUCAAUGCAUAAUAAUGGCAGCAAUGUAGUUAUUUUGGAUUUUGUUUUUAAUGUUUUUUGAACGAUAUUUGAGUUAAAUGGAACACAAUUUUUGCCUUUCAUAA